CUUUUGUUCCCUAGAAACGACUCAUUUCAUGACAGACUGUUACAGAUUCAAUGGUGCCCUUUAAUUUGCUGCAGCCGAGCCGAACCAGCGCCGACCACAGUGAUUCACCGACGGAGGUGGAUUAGCAUUAGUUAGUUUGUCUACCAACAACAGAAGCUCUCGGUUGUGAGGGAGAAAAAAAACUUCCUUCCCUCAGCUAGCGAGUUAAGUGAAUGAGCUUUGUUAGCCUGCUAACUAGCCGAGCUGACAGAAAGCAACGCCAGUCUGCUCCUCAGGCUGCCGGAGUAACAACUUCAGCUUAAACACCGGGCUGCGACUAUGGGCAGACGGAGCAGCACUAAAGACGGAGCUCAGAGCACCGAAGAAGCCCCUCAUUCUACAAGAAGCAGGCAGCAGAUAUGAGCAUGGAGAGAUGAUACCGCACAUUUUAUACUACAGAAGCAGUAGUAUCAGUUAUAAUACAACACUGGGCAGGAUAUUGGUGUGAAGCUGGAAGAUAUUUCGUUUUUUUUGGGGGGGUGAGACCGAGGUGCCUAUGGCGGAGUUCGGGGAGGACAGAAGGCUCCCUCCGGUGAAUUUUGGGAACAGCUCCGUUCCCAGCGACGAGGCUGCGGUGAAGACGCAUUGCGAAGUGUCCCUUCUGAAUGGAGACUGUGGGAUUCCAGACGGUAUGAUGGGCUCCGGCUGCCCGCUCACUCCUGGCACUCAACCCGGAGGGGAAAACGCCAACACCUCCGUGGGGACGGAUGCCAAAUCUGAAAUACCACGCAGGAGCAGUAUUAUUAAGGAUGGAAAACAACGAAAAGAAAGAAAGAAGACUGUCUCAUUCAGCAGCAUGCCCACUGAGAAGAAGAUUAGCCGGGUCAGCGACUGCAUUAACACCAUGGUGGACGGCUCAGAGCUGAAAAAAGUGCGAUCCAAUUCACGCGUUUACCACCGUUACUUUCUUCUUGAUGCUGACAUGCAAUCAUUGAGAUGGGAGCCAACAAAGAAGGAGUCUGAAAAGGCAAAAAUUGAUGUGAAAUCUAUCAAGGAGGUUCGGACUGGCAAGAAUACAGAAACUUUUAGAACUAAUGGCACCUAUGAUCAGAUAUCAGAGGAUUGUGCCUUUUCAAUCAUCUUUGGGGAAAAUUAUGAGUCCCUGGACUUGGUGGCAAACACAGCAGAUGUAGCCAAUAUAUGGGUGACAGGUCUAAGGUACCUUAUCUCUUAUGGGAAGCAUACCUUGAAUAUGAUCGAGAGCAGCCAGAACAACUUGCGCUCAUCUUGGUUAAGCGACCUCUUCGAUGAAGAAGAUGUUAACCACAACAGACAGAUACCAAUGUGUGCUGCCGUGCAGCUAAUAAAGAAACUAAGCCCAGGUUUAAAAAAUGUGAAAAUAGAACUGAAGUUCAAGGAGCUUCACAAAGCUCUUGACAAAAGUGGGUCUGAUGUGACAAAAGAGGAGUUUGCUGAAGUCUUUCAUGAUCUUUGUACAAGACCAGAGAUUUAUUUUCUUUUUGUUCAGUUUUCCAGCAAUAAGGAGUUUCUUGAUACUAAAGACUUAAUGAUUUUUCUGGAGGCAGAGCAGGGAAUGGCUCAGGUCAGUGAAGAUACCAGCUUAGAGGUCAUUCAUAAGUAUGAACCAUCCAAAGAGGGCCAACUUAAAGGAUGGCUCUCCCUUGAUGGGUUUUCUAACUAUCUUAUGUCUGCAGAGUGUCACAUCUUUGACCCUGAGCACAAAUCUGUUUGCCAAGACAUGAACCAACCACUGUCUCACUACUACAUCAAUGCUUCCCACAACACGUACCUGAUAGAGGAUCAGUUCAGAGGUCCUUCAGAUGUAACUGGGUAUAUCCGUGCUCUGAAGAUGGGCUGUCGAUGUGUGGAGCUAGAUGUGUGGGACGGGCCUGAUAACGAGCCUGUUAUCUACACUGGUCACACAAUGACCUCCCAGAUUGUUUUCCGCAGUGUUGUAGAUGUCAUCAAUAAGUACGCUUUUGUUGCCUCAGAGUUUCCCCUGAUUCUCUGUUUGGAAAACCAUUGUUCUGUAAAGCAGCAGAAAGUCAUGUUUCAGCAUUUGAAGAAGAUCCUUGGUGACAGGAUCCACGUAGAUGCUCCAAAUCUCGAGGACUGUUACCUCCCAUCUCCGUCUGAGCUGAAGGGGAAGAUCCUGCUGAAGGGUAAAAAGCUGGACACAAACUGCACUGCUUCAGAAGGAGAGGUGACGGAUGAGGAUGAGGGGGCAGAGAUGUCUCAAAGAAUGAGCAUCGAGUCUGCAGAGCAGCAGACUAAUGCACACAAAAAGAUCCCUCUGCUGAAGGACCUCUCCGACCUGGUGACGUUGUGUAAGUCUGUUGAGUUUAAAGACUUUCCGACAUCUUUCCAAAAGCAGAAGCCCUGGGAGCUCUGCUCUUUUAAUGAAGUGUUUGCCACUCGCUGUGCCUGCGAUUUCCCUGGAGACUUUGUUAACUACAACAAGAAGUUUCUUGCACGAGUUUACCCGAGCCCAAUGCGGAUCGACUCUAGUAACAUGAAUCCGCAAGAUUUCUGGAAGUGUGGCUGCCAGAUUGUAGCUAUGAACUACCAGACUCCAGGUCUGAUGAUGGAUUUGAACAUUGGUUGGUUCCGUCAGAAUGGCAACUGUGGCUAUGUUCUUCGGCCAGCAAUCAUGAGGGAGCAGGUCUCAUAUUUCAGUGCUAACACAAAAGAUUCAGUGCCUGGGGUCUCUCCACAGCUCUUGCACAUCAAGAUAAUCAGUGGACAAAAUUUCCCCAAACCCAAAGGCUCAGGUUCCAAAGGAGACGUGGUGGACCCCUAUGUAUAUGUGGAAAUACAUGGCAUUCCUGCGGACUGUGCAGAACAGAGAACUAAAACGGUCCACCAGAAUGGGGACAACCCACUGUUUGAUGAGAGCUUUGAGUUUCAGAUAAACCUCCCUGAGCUCGUUAUGGUGCGCUUCGUGGUUCUAGACGAUGACUAUAUUGGAGAUGAAUUCAUUGGCCAGUAUACGAUCCCCUUUGAGUGUCUACAGCCAGGUUUCCGCCACGUCCCACUUCAGACUCUAACAGGAGAGUUGCUGCCACAUACUUUGCUGUUUGUCCAUGUUGCUAUAACCAAUCGAAGGGGAGGAGGAAAGCCACACAAAAGAGGAUUGUCUGUAAGGAAAGGCAAAAGGAGCAGAGAGUAUGCCAGUAUGAGAGUCCUGCAGAUAAAGGCCAUUGAUGAGGUUUUUAAAACCGCCCUUCUGCCACUCAGGGAGGCCACAGACCUUCGGGAAAACAUGCAGAAUGCCAUAGUGUCCUUUAAGGAGCUCUGCGGCCUUUCAGCGGUGGCCAACCUCAAGCAGUGCAUCUUGGCUCUCUCCCCUCGACUGACAGGGCCUGACAACAGCCCCCUCCUGGUGUUUAACCUGACUGACCAGUACCCUAACCUGGAGCUCCAAGGCCUGCUCCCAGAGGUCCUGAAAAAGGUCGUCAGCACCUACGAUAUUAUGAUCCAGACCAGCAAGGUGCUGCUGGAGAGCUCUGAUGGUGUGUAUGAGAGGAUUUUGCAAGCUCAGAGAGCAGCAAUGGAGUUUCAUGAAAACCUGCAUGAUCUGGCUGUGAAGGAAGGGUUAAAGGGCAGGAAGCUGCAUAAGGCCGUGGAGAGCUUCACAUGGAACAUCACCAUUUUGAAGGGUCAAGCUGACUUAUUAAAACAUGCCAGAAGUGAAGUCCAAGAAAACCUUAAGCAGAUCCACUACUCAGCGCUUACCUGUAAUCUGAGCAAAGGAGGAGCAGUGGGCAGGUCCUCCGGCUCCUCAGACUCCAAGAGCCGGCGCAGCCUGGAGGCCAUUCCUGAAAAGGCCACAGGGGAGGAGGAGCUUACAGACAAGGAAAACUGAAGACUGCGGCAGCAGCUGCUCUCCCUAGAAUCCCUUCUAAACUGUUUUCUUUCUGAAUCUCUAAGUCGUCAAUCUCCAGCCUCCAUCAUGGACUUUUCUCAACCAAAAGCACAGUUUAAACUUCUUAGACAAUUGAAGCAAAUCAAGAGUGAAGGAUCCGUCUCCUAAACAUUUAUUUACAUUUUGUCAGAUCAGGAGAACAGAAAUAGAUCAUGUGACCUGUCAAAGUUCCUAAUCGCAGCCAAAUUGAACUGCUUUAUGAUGCUCCUGUUUCCCCUCCUGGAUUGAAGCAGGACACCCGAAUGGACCACCAGCCCCCGCCUCUUCCAGACUGACUUAAUAGAUGAGCACUUCUACUUAGUGGACCAGAUGACAAAGAAGGCCUUGGAUUAUAGCAAGGAUUUUUUUAAAGCACAAUUUUUCCUGAGCUGUGAAUGUAACGGAAUAAGGAGUGGGAACAAAAAAUGUUUAGAGUGAGAGUAAAUAGCUGUUUACAAUUCUGGACUUGUUUAUGUUCUUGUCUGCCAAAACGGUAGUAAACUAUGUGUAUAUACAGUU